AUGCUUUCUUAUCGUUAAAAUGAUUCAAAAAAACCCAAAAACUUUAACGUUUCUAAUAAUUUAGAGACUUCUACUAUGUCAAGUAAAUCAAAGAAUUCCUUCAAAGAUAUUAGCGAUUAUAGAAGUAAAAUUUAACUAAAAAGAAGAUCGCACACCGAUAGAUAAAACAGUUAACGUUCAUUAAAAUUAGGAAAGCGCCACUAAAAUUAAAUAAAUGCUAAGCAACUUAGGAUAAUCAGACAAUAAAUCAUCAACUUCAUUAUUCGGAUAAAGUUUGAGAGAAAAAAAAGUAUUAGACACUAAAUCUACAAGAGGAGAUAGUAUUUGUAAUAUUGCAAAUUUAACAUAAGAUUCGAGAAAUGCUUCAACCUCUGGUUAUAUUAAUUAGAUCCCACUAAAUAAAACAUAAAAAACUAAUGAAUCCUUUUCAAAAUAAAACAUUCCUUCCCCAUCAUCGACUAGGGAAAUUAAUGAAAAUAAUGGUAAUUUGUCAAAUCUUUAUUAUAUCUUCUAAAAUAAAUAAUCUGAUCCAUAAAUUAAGCUUAAUAAUUUAACAUUGUCUUAACUAGCCAAAUAGUAAUAAUAAUAGUAAAAAAGAAGUAGCAAUAACACUACUCCUUAAAAGCAUGCAAAUAAUAACAAUAAUAAAAAUAUUUCUUCAACAGAAUACAUCAAUAAAAUUCAAUAAAUUAAAUAAAAAAUAGAUAAUACUGUUUAAAAAAUUGAUAAAUAAUAAAAAUCAAAUAAUUCUUAAUUGAUUAAGAAUAUCUCUUCUUAAAUUAAAAAGAAAUAACAACAGGAAGUUAAUCAACAAGAUAUGAAAGAUGAAAUUUAAGAAAGAGUAGUUAAAUUAUUGUUAGAUAAGGAUUAAUUAUGGAAUCAAAUGAAUGCUUCUUUAGAUAAUAUAAAUUAAGAUUAGUUAAAUUAAUUUUGUUAAUUCAUCUAAUAAUCUUUAAAUUCCCUUUUAGAUCGAAAAAAUGUAUUCAAUUUAACUAUUAUUAGAGCGAAUACUUGUAUAAGAUCGAUAUUCAUAUAAUAGACACUCUUUUAUUAGAAUCAUACACAAUCCUUAUAAUAGCACUUGAGUAUUUAAAAAUUUAGCAAAAUUUCGAUUAAAAUUUAAAGAAUCUUGUUGUUUAUGUUGCUUAAAGUAACUUUUAUAUUCUAUAAACUUUAUUUUCUUGUGUGGAAAAUGUAAUUUUUUAUAAAAUAGUAGGAAAUGGUAAAAUAAAGAAUCGAUAUGAGAUAAUUUUAAUAAAAGAAACCAUAAAACAAAGCCAAAUAAACCUUAUAAAAAAAUAAUUUUAUAAUAAAAUCUAUUUUAGAAUUAAUGUAAGUAAAUUAUCAAUAAUAGGUAUUGACGACACCUGUCACCCAGAGAUAUAUUCUCAUUUAGGAUUUAAUUCGACAAGUUUGGAUGUUUAUUUUAUUUAACAAAAGAAAAUACUUCAUUAAAUAGCGAAAGAAAUUAUCUAGGAUGAAAACAAGAACAAUAUGAAUAGUAAAAAGUAAUCAAGACUUUUUGAUUAAAAAAAAUAAAUAUUUCUUCCUAAAAAACCUUUAAAAGCUUAUACUUUAGUCUUAGAUCUUGAUGAAACUCUUGUACAUUAUCAAGAAGUAUAUGUCAUUUAAAAUUAAGCUUCCAAAUGGUGGAGGAUAAUUUUUAGUUAGACCCUAUGCAGAAGAGUUUUUAGAAAAAUUAUCUAAAUAUUAUGAACUUGUGAUAUUCACAGCAGCUCAACCAGAUUAUGCUAAUUUUAUUAUUGAUAUUAUUGAUAAGCAUAAAGUUGUAAUUGCCAGACUUUACAGAGAGCAUACUCUUUUCAAGAAUAAUAUGUAUAUAAAAGUAAAUAUAAAAUCAUAUUUAGGAUUUAUCAAUUUUGGGUAGAAGUUUGGAAAAAGUGAUUAUAGUUGACAAUAUGCCAGAGAAUUUUCAGUUACAGCCAGAAAAUGGAAUUUACAUUCUUAGUUGGACAGGUGAUCAAAAUGACAGAGCCCUCAAAGAUCUAAUGCCUUUACUAGAACGUAUAAAUUUAUUAAAUUUUAGAAAUCGCAUAAAAAAAAUGCUAAGAUGUUAGAGACGCUUUAAAUCAAUUUAGAGAAUAAAUGAUUUAAAAAGUGUAGUAGGGUAUAAAAAACCCAUAUCAAAAUCUCUCAUUAGUAUGA